UAAACUGAAUGGAUGGAGAGAUAGAUGGACACUCAGGAGGGUUUGCUGAAUAUAUUUCAAAGACUCUCAACAUGAACUUAACUUGGACAACAGCCCACACAGUCCUGACAUUCAAAAUCGGUUAGUCACGCGUUAAAUUUCAGCUCCACCUCCCACAAUAGGGGCCAUUUUAACCGAAUCCACUGUUUGUUGCACAGCCACAAUUCACAGAGGCUAACGGUCCAGCAUCUUGAGCGAUAAAGUCCAGUUAGGCAAAAGAAGACCCAAAUUCAGCAGUAUGGAUAUUUUCAAGAGCCACGUCGGAGCAAAGGACAACCCUUUGAUGCAAUAUGUGCUCAAUAAUUCCCUGAGGGAGCACCCUGUCUUGAAAAAGCUGAGAUUGAAGACGAUGGAUCACUCCUUAAACUACAUCAUGGUGGCUUGUGAGCAGUCACAGUUAAUGGCGAACAUGGCAAGGUUAAUCAAAGCUAAAAAAGCCAUUGAGAUUGGUGUGUACACGGGCUAUAAUGCCCUGAGCAUUGCCCUGGCCCUACCUGAGGAUGGCCGUCUGGUGGCCUGCGAUGUCAAUGAGGAGUUUACCAACAUUGGCAAGCCCUUCUGGAAAGAGGCUGGAGUUGAACAUAAAGUGGACCUGCGGUUACAACCUGCUUUGAAAACCCUUGAUGAUUUACUAGCAGCUGGAGAAGGAGAGACAUAUGACUUUGUCUUUAUUGAUGCGGAUAAGGUCAACUAUGACAACUACUACGAGAAAUCUCUUCAGCUCCUGAGAAAAGGUGGCAUCAUCGCCCUUGAUAACAUGCUUUGGAGCGGUAAGGUCGUCAACCCUGCAGAGGAUGACCUGGACACCAAGAGCCUCGACAAGUUGAACAAGAAGCUCCACAGGGACGUGCGGGUCAACGUCAGCUUGCUCACAGUGGGAGAUGGACUUAGUCUGGCCUUUAAGAUUUAAGCCACCGUGGGGAGGGCAUGACCACACUGCCAUGGCUACAGGCAGUCAGACGGUUUUGUGUUUUUGUAACGUUGUUUACAGUGAAAGUAAGGAUGUACAAGGUGUAUCAAGAUUUCUAUUGUGACAAUUGUUGCAGGGUUCAGUUGAAUUUAUGAAUUAUACGUGAUGCAUAAAGG